AAGUGGUGUGCUUCGGGCCCGACAAAAGCCUGCCCCAUUCCUCACGGGCUCGGGGGUGCUUACUGUGGUUUGCUGCUUUGCUGUCUUGAAGGUCGCAAUGAGGGGAAGUCGAUCUCACCUGGACCAAGAUUUAAUCCUGCGGUCACGAUUUCGACUUGAACGCUUGCUUCACUCACGUCAUUCUCAAUAGCAGCAGUACUUCCCCCAUCUGCCACUGUCUCGUCUUGCCGAUUAUAUCAUAGCAACAUCUUGAGUAACCUGCAAAAAAAAAAAAAAAAAGAAAAGAAAAGGAGAUAAAACAUGCCAGACGAACCCGAUAACAAGAAACCAGUAAUCAUCGUAGGGGCCGGGCCCUCGGGCCUCCUCCUCGCGCUGCUGCUGUCACAGCGCGGCAUCCCUGUGCGGAUCGUCGAGGCCGAGGCGCAGCUGGACGACCAGCCCCGGGCGGCCCACUACGGGUCUGCGGCACUGCCCGACCUGGACCGCGCGGGCGUGCUGGCCGAGGUCAAGAAGCGCGGCAUCAUCAUCACCGACUUUGCCUUUCGCUACGCCGUGCCGGCGGGGUCGCCCGAGGACAAGGACGGGAGCGGGUUCGCGCACAUCGCGACGCUGGACACGUCGUGCGUCAGCGACGUCGAUGGCUUCGACUACCGCUCCCACUGCCUCGUCCUGCAGGACCUCGACGCCCUGAUGCUCGAGAUGCUGAUCGACCGCCUGGGCGAUGACGUCGUCAGCUGGCGCCACCGCGUCCUCGACGUGGGGCAGGACGAGGAGCGCAAGGUCGCCUGGGUCGACGUGGCCACGCCCGAGGGGAGGAAGCGAGUCGAGGGCGACUACGUCGUUGGCUGCGAUGGUGCCGCCAGUCAGGUCCGCAGGAGCCUGUUCGGGCAGGACUACCCGGGCUUCACGUGGGAGAAGCAGAUCGUGGCGACGAACACGUACUAUGACUUUACCAAGUUCGGUUGGGGGGAUGUCAGCAUGGUCAUCCACCCGGAUAACUUUUUUAUGGCCGCCAAAAUGGACUCGGACGGACUUUACCGUGUUACCUACGGUGAAAAGCCUGGGUUGACGACGGAACAAAUGCGAGCACGUCAAGCGGCCAGGUUUGAAGAGAUAUUGCCUGGACACCCCAAACCGAGCGAGUACACAGUCGUGAAUUUCUCGCCCUAUAAAAUGCAUCAGCGCUGCGCCCCAUCAUUUCGUGUUGGUCGCAUCCUCCUAGCCGCCGACGCGGCACAUCUCUGCAACCCAUGGGGAGGCCUGGGCAUCACCGGUGGCUUUGUCGACGUGGGCGGUCUGGCCGACUGUUUCAUUGGAAUAAACGAGGGGCUUGCCGACGAGUCGAUCCUCGACUUGUACAGCGAGAAGCGAAUGGAGAAGUGGAGGACGGUCACGGACCCGAUAUCUCAAGGCAACUUUCGCCGCAUCGGGCACACGGAGGAUCCAUCCUCGCUCGGGCAGACGGACGAGUUCAUGCAGCUGUUGAAGAAGGCAGAGAAGGAUCCUCAGCUUGCAAGGAAUCUUGCCAUGGGCAGCUUGAGUCUGAGAUAUGACUUUACGCAGCAUUACAGGCAAAAGGAUUCCGCCACGAGUGCGAGUCAAUAAUUGGGACAGGGGGGGACUGUGUAGCAUCAACAGCCUGAACUUGAGUCUUUUUUUUUUCAGGGGGUUUACGGUCACAAGACUAGAACUAGAACUAGAACUAGAACUAGAACUAGGUGAGAUUCGCUUCUGUUGUUUGCUCAAUUGUCGCGCUCAUGGGAAUAUAAACAAGACAAGCAGCUAGAUACAAUGUUGGAACCUUUAUUUUGGUCCCAUGGUCGUCGAAAUAAUUAGGUACUAGGA